AUGUCACAAAAUAAACACCAACCUGGUCGCACAAUCCUAGCGUCAACCAUCUCGAAAACAUAUGACCAAGAAAUAAAAGAAAAACUAAACACAUUGAAAAAAGUCAAACCAAAUGGUCCCCUAUUAGUAGGAUUCCUUGCUAACAAUGAUCCCGCAGCAAGAAUGUAUGCUCAAUGGACUCAAAAGACAAGUGAAUCCCUAGGCAUCCGUUAUCAACUACGAGAAAUGGAAGAUCCAGAUUUCCUUGAAGAAUCCAUAAUUGACGCUAACGAAGAUGAUGAAAUUGAUGGGAUUAUGAUUUAUUUCCCCGUUUUCGGUAAUGCUCAAGAUCAAUAUUUACAACAAGUUGUGAAGAAGGAGAAAGAUGUAGAAGGAUUAAAUCAUGUUUAUUAUCAAAAUUUAUAUCAUAAUGUUAGAUUCUUGGAUCCUCCUGAUAAUCAAUUGAAAUCAAUCUUACCUUGUACUCCAUUGGCUAUUGUGAAAAUUUUAGAAUUCUUGAAAAUUUAUAAUCCUUUGUUGCCUGAGGGGAAUCGUUUGUUUGGUAAGAAAUGUGUGGUGAUUAAUCGUUCUGAAAUUGUGGGGAGACCAUUAGCUGCACUUUUAGCUAAUGAUGGUGCUAUUGUUUAUUCUGUGGAUAUUAAUAACAUUCAAAAAUUUACUCGUGGUGAAAGUUUGAAAUUUACUAAACAUCAUGUGGAAGAUUUAGGUGAUUAUAGUGAAGAUUUAUUGAAGAAAUGUUGUCAAGAUUCUGAUAUUAUUAUUACUGGAGUACCGUCUGAAAAUUAUAAAUUCCCAACUGAAUAUUUGAAAGAUGGAUCGACAUGCAUAAACUUCUCAUCGUUUAAAAACUUCGAUGAUUCUGUCAAGGAAAAGGCUUCAUUAUAUAUCCCUAUGACAGGUAAAGUCACAAUUGCCAUGCUGUUAAGAAAUAUGUUAAGGUUAGUUGAAAAUAGUCUCAAACUUAAAGAGAAAAGAACCCAGACGAAUUGA